CGUAACCAUAGUGAUAGCGCUAACAAAACUUUUUCAGUGGAGAGCUAUCGUAUGCCAGAGAAGCCCGAGGCAAAAGAAAAGGCGGGGGCAGCCCCCGAGGCUGCAGGUGAGCAGGCGGAAGGGGGAGAAGGAGUGGAGCCUUCUGAAAGCAAAAGGGGCCCGCCGGCGGGGGUGGUUCCUCUGUUUUUCUCGGGCCCCAGCCAGCAGAUCUUCGGCUGCGUGGUGGACGUUGACCUCACGGACGAGAACCCACACAAACUCAUUCACAAGAAGAAGAUUCUGGAGGAUUUCAAGAACAGAGCCGCCGUCUGCGAUUUCUUCCCCGUCAAGCAGAAAAUACUGGACUACCCUGGAGAAGAGAUACUGCUGGUAUACGACUACGACUUCAAGUAUGGAGAAAAUUUCUACGUCUGUGUCACAGAGGAAGCAAAGGAACUUGUGCUCAAUCCCCCGGCAGAGGAGACGGGGGGAGAAGGAGAGGGAGAGGGAGGGGAAGAGGAGUUCUACGAGAUCCCCAAGACUCCUCAGCCCAAGGAGUGGGUGUGUCUUGGCUCAGACCUUGAGAUUCUGGACUCUCAAGUCCACACCACUCGCCCUCUGGUGCAGUUCACGGUGUCACGAAAGAGACACCAGUUCUGUCGUCCCGUCACCUACACUGACGGCACCGGUCUGGAGACCGUAGAUAUCGUCUCCCAGCCCGAGCCUGAAGGGGAGGCCCCUCUCGUUACACUGGAGCUGGAGACCGGGGUGCAGGCAGUGCAGGAGACUAUGGAAGCAUCCUGUCAGACAGAGAGGCGUGUACCGUGCAAUGCAGUGGUGCAGUAUGAGCCACAGACACUCAGUGACUCUGAGACUGGGGCUCUGAUGGGGGGAGAAGAAAUGGCCGCCUUCCUGCAGGAAGUCUACCCCAGGUUGGAGAUUAGUCUACAGCAGAACCUCAUCAUGGACCUGUUUGUGGACGACUGCAGAGCUCUCUCUGACGAGGAUUGGAUGACAGGGUCAAACUCGGGCACACACCUCAAGGAAUACCAGUCUUUCACAGACCUCAAGUUCAGUAAGGACAAGGUAAUCAACUGGAUAGAGUGGCACCCUGUCAUUAAGGGAGUGAUAGCCGUUGCCUGUGGAGAGGGCUACUCUGCUGAUGAGAGAAUCGACCUGUCCACUCGUCUCACAACCUCUCGUGCUCUCAUACUCAUCUGGAGCUUCACCGACCCCAUACACCCUCAGCUGUUUCUGGAGGCUCCUGAGGACAUCCUCUGUUUCAAGUUUAACCCCUCUGAUCCCAACAUAGUAGCCGGAGGCUGCAUCAACGGGCAGGUGGUGCUGUGGGACAUCAGGGAGUAUGCAGACAGACUCCAGAUCAACAAGACCUCAGACCAGACCGAGGAGAGAUCACGAGCUGACAACAUGGAUAUAUUCAUCACAGACGUGAAACUGGACCAUUCGCCGAUCGUCCCACCUCUGGUCCUCUCGUAUCUUGAGCACAGCCACAGUCUCUCCGUCUCCCAUCUCCACUGGAUUCCCGAUCACAACGAGAUUUGCGUGAAGUCCACUCAUGUGCUGGAAAACGUCUCCCAGUUCUCUCAUCAGCUCGUCACCUGCGGCAUUGACGGGUAUGUGAUGAUGUGGGACACGAGACCCCAGCAGUCGGGGAAGAAACCGACCUCACCACAUAAGACAACCACACCCCCUUCACUCACGGACCUUGACCUCACCUGGAAACCUUUCUACAAGAUACCGCUGCCUCGCUCUGAGCUACCAAAGACCUUCUCGGCCACGAGAGUGAGUCUGAGAGAGAGGCAGAGAGGGCGGCGGGGAAGGCAGGGGAGGGGGGAGGUGGGAGACGUGGAGAACCAGCAGGUGGAGAAAGGGAGCGCCAACAUUCAUCCGAUUGUCAGUCAGACUGAUGCCGGAACUGGACCAGAGAUCGAGGGGGCUUCGACCAAGUAUUUCGUCGGCACGGAGGACGGCGAGAUAGUGUGGGGAGAUUGGACACCAUCCAAAGACCAAGAAAGUGGGAAAUUCAUUCCCACGCGACCAGAUUAUUUCUCAUACGGUCACUGUGGAAGUGUAGUCUGCAUGGAGAGAUCUCCUUUCUUCAGAGACAUACUUCUGACUGCAGGAGGCUGGACCUGGGCCAUCUGGAGAGAGGGAGAGAAAAAUGGUCCUCUCCUGUCGUCUUGUAGCUGUGCGGUGCAAUACACAUGUGGUACGUGGUCGCCCUCCAGACCAGGUAGGUCAUUACAUCACUCAAAAAGAGUGCAGAAUGCUACAUACAGACUCCCCAAACAGAGUGGUAAAUUACAUAGACCCCUCUCAAGCAGAGCAGUAAGUUACUUAGAGCAGUAGGCUCCAUAUACACCACUCAAACAGGGCAUUAAGGCCCAUAUACAACAGUACGUUCCAUAGAUCCCAGACAUGAUCUCCUGUAUAUACAUGUGUGCAGGGGUGUUCUUCCUGUGCCAGCAGAACGGAGGGUUGGAGGUGUGGGACCUGAUGGACCGCUCACACGAACCAACUCUCUCCCAGAACAUCUCCUCCCUCCCCAUCACCUCCAUCAACCCCUUCAGGAUCACAUCAAAGCAGGAGAUGUUGGCCGUGGGAGACAGUGCUGGGACUCUACAUAUACUGGAUGUUCCCUGGGCUCUCAAGAACCCCUCCACCAAUGAGGAUGGUAUAAUGGAGGCAUUCUUUGAGCGGGAGACCCAGAGAGUGGGGUUCUCAUCUGGGAGAACAGCUGCCAGAGCCGCCGCCAAGAGGGAAUCCAUGACAGCUGCCUCUGCCGAGCUCACUAAGGAGGAGUCGGCCCCAGAGGGUGAGCUGGAGCCGGUGUGGCAGGAGGAGGCAAGGAGAGAGUAUGAGGACUAUCUGGCCACUGAGAAUAAACUCCUCAUAGAGCUGGGGUUGGUGGAGCCACUCCCCCAGGACAACGACUGAGCAGCACACUCACAGGACCAUUGCAUCAAUCACUAUAAUAAUAGUCACAGCUACAUAAUGUACCAAUCCUGUGCUAAAAUUGAUACUGUGCUAGGAAUAAACUUGUGUUAGGUCUGAGCAGUUUAGAUGGGUGUAUAUAUAUACCUGACCUAGAACUAAGCUGUGGCUAUCAUUAUGAUGUGCAACUGGUAUCAAUGCAGUGCCUUAUUGCAGGCUAAAAACCAUAGACGUGUG